CAACACAAUGUAUCAUUCAUUGGAUUUCUCUUUAAUUGUUUAUCUAUUCUCAAUUAGUAUAAACACACACUAGUCUUUCAUCAAACCAACAAAGAGAGCUGUUACAGUGCAGAAAACAUUACUGGAGACAAAAGGAAUUGUAGAUGCAGGAUUACACUUAAAGACACAAACUGCCUGAGUAACACAGCAGAUCAGGCAGCUUCUCUAGAGAGCAUGGUACAUAAUGUUUCAGGUCGGGACCCUUGAGACCCGACCUGCAGAGGCCCGAGAGCCAUUGGAGCGGUCGCAGAGGGAGGAGCCAAAAUCUGCAACGUUCCCAUUUCACAACAAGUGGGCUUGAGGAAGCUGCUAAUUGGUGGAAGUGGACAAGGAGGAGCAGCUGAUUGGGACACAAAUCCCUAUUGAUUUCUUCCAACAACAUUUCUUUGAUAAAAUGGCAGUUAAUGUCCCUGGACUUGUGGCUGUUAUUAUUUUUUACCUGCUGAUUCUGGCAACCGGCAUUUGGGCUUCUCGAAAAUCAAAGCAAGAAGAGAAGAAAUGCUCUGGAACAAAAAGUGAGGUGGCCAUGAUCGGCGGCAGGAACAUUGGAACCUUGGUUGGGAUUUUUACAAUGACAGCCACGUGGGUCGGAGGAGGCUUCAUCAAUGGGAUUGCUGAGAUAACUUAUCAACCGCAUCGUGGAGUAAGUUGGGCUCAUGCACCCCUCGCUUAUUCUUUCAGUCUUAUCCUUGGUGGCCUUUUCUUUGCUGAGCCAAUGCGAUCCAAGCAGUAUGUCACGAUGAUGGAUCCAUUCCAGAUAAAAUUCGGGAAAGUGAUGGGUGGACUCCUCUUCAUCCCAGCGGUUCUGGGAGAUAUAUUUUGGUCAGCAGCCAUUCUUGCAGCUUUGGGUGCUACAAUGACUGUCAUUUUGAAUAUUGAAACCUAUUUGUCCAUUAUCCUGUCGGCUUGUGUGGUGAUAAUAUACACACAACUUGGUGGCCUCUAUUCAGUGGCAUAUACAGAUGUGAUGCAAAUGGUCUUUAUUAUUAUCAGUCUGUGGCUCUGUGUGCCCUUUGCCAUUAUGAACCCAGCCGUUUCAGACAUCAAAUACACCAUGGUAAAUGAACUUUAUCAGACCCCAUGGAUCGGUAAAAUCGAGACGAAGCAGAUCUUCCGAUGGAUUGAUGAUCUUCUUUAUAUGAGUUUGGGAGGUAUUCCUUGGCAAGUGUAUUUUCAGCGCGUCCUUGCAGCAUCUUCAAUUUCCCAAGCAAGGAAGACAUCUUAUGUAGCUGGUGUGCUCUGCUUCACAUUGUCCUUCCCUUCCAUCAUUAUUGGAGCAGUUGCUGUAUCUACGGAUUGGAAUAAAACAAGCUACGGUUUGCCCACUCCAAAUGAGAGAAAUGAAUCUAGCAUGAUAUUGCCCAUUGUCCUCCAGUACCUUUGUCCUGUUUAUGUUGCUAUGCUGGGAAUUGGUGCGAUUUCAGCUGCAGUUAUGUCAUCUGCAGAUUCAUCACUUUUAUCGGCAAGUUCAAUGUUUGCGCGCAAUAUCUACAAGACCAUUAUCAGGAAAAAGGCUACCGAGAAGGAAGUGAUAUGGGUUAUGAGGAUCACAGUGGUUCUGUUUGGAGCUUUAGCCACAACGCUGGCAAUUCUAACAAACUCAAUUUAUGGCCUGUGGUUCCUGAGUUCAGAAUUAGUGUACGCCAUCCUGUUUCCACAGCUUGUCUGUGUCCUCUUCAUCCCAAAUAUCAACAUCUAUGGAUCGGCUGCAGGCUAUUUCAUUGGAUUAACUUUGAGAAUAUUAGCUGGUGAACCUUUCCUUCAAAUCCCGCCAAUAAUUCAAUAUCCGGGCAUUUCCUUUGACAACGGUGCCUUUCAACAACUUUUUCCGUUUAAAACCUUCACAAUGCUGUUGUCCUUACUUUCCAUAGUGAUGUUCUCGCAUUUGGCAUCGUUUGUAUUCACACGAAAGCUCCUGCCGGUAAGAUUUGACGUUUUCAAAAUGAUUGAAAAUGCAAAAGAGUUGCCUGGGGCAGCAGAGGAGCAAAUUAUUUUAAACAAAAGGAGAAAUCAUAAACUUGAGCCCGGCAAGAAUAAAAUAUAAUAUCAAUUACUGCUCUGGUCUUUAAUAGCUUGCAACAGGGUGGUGGUGUUGUGUUUCAUUUCAUUCCCGUAGUAUAACCUUAAGAGCAUCAAUAGUGUGAUGGGAAUCCCUAAUGCCUGUCACCAUACAAAUGCUCUUCCACACUAUAAUAGCGCGAGAAGCCUCAGGAAAUUCAGCCCAUUAACUUUUUACACAUAUAUAAUAACAGCGAGUAAAAUUGAUCAAGAUCUGAUGCUUCUUAUUGUAUGGUUUGUAUAAAUUGCCUGCUACGGACAAUUUAUACAAACCUGUGCUCCUUUGGAGUGCGGGAAGAGUGUGGGACCAAGAUCUGAUGCUUCUUACCCUGAUUACAGAGUGACUGACAAGCUCUUUCACCAUAAACCAUCAACUGCCGUCAAAAUGCUGGACACUCUAUUUUAUAAUCAGAAAUGUGGGUGGAGCUACCCCGGUUCAUACACAUCGUGCACCACAGACAUUUCCAGCAUCAGAGUAAACAGUCAGGAAAUGUAUUCUAAAAUAUACUGAGAGGAGAUUACCUGCACAAUCUCCAAUGCAUUGUCUUGCAGUAAGGCUGAGUGAAAUCUAUCACCGUGAAAACACAUUGCCAGAGGAGUUGGAGGGUCUGCAUGGGAGAGAUUCUGAUUCCACUGGAAAUCAAAGUUGGGAGGCUGACUCAUAGUCACCCAUUUCACACCCAUUUCACACUAAUACCAAAGAGCUGGAGUAAAGGGCCUGUCCCACUUGGGCGCCAUUUGCGCGUCAUUUACGCGACAGCCUAAAAAUAGGUUGCCGCGUUGUGAUGCCUGGUGACGCAUGCAGUGACACGCGGUAAUGCGCGGUGCUUCCCUGUUGCCCCAGGAUUUUGGAAUGUUCAAAAUCCUGGGGCAACAUUUGGGUGUCCCAUCAUGUCGUGCACCCUGUCACAGCUGUCCUGUGGGUGAUGCCUGGUUAGGGUUGGAGUUAGGGACCACAGAUGGGCUGUAAAAUAUUCUUCCUUCAAUGCAUGGAUUUUAAACAUUAAUAUAUUAAAAUUAAUACAAUAAAAUCAAUUGUGCAAAUGA